AUUAAUUGCGUGUUAUAUAUAUAGCAAUAGCGUUUCACUUAUUCUACACCAGUAGAUAGUUUUGUUAAAUGUUUGAGAGGAACAUUAUCUUUGUUUCUACUUAGCUUUUCUUAUGACAACAUCUACUGUCUACAAUUGCAUACAUCCAAUAAUAUUCUAAUAUUUCAAAAUGGAAAAUGUCAACUAUGAAAAAUCUAUUGCCACCAAAAGCUAUUUGAUUCCACGAGAUCCCGUAAAAAUUUUUUUGUCGUUAUUCAUAUUCUUCGUACUUUUGUUACCAAAUUAUAUAUGGGCUGGUAUUAAAUGUUUAAUGCAAACAAGAAAAGAUGUCCGUGGAAAAGUCAUUUUGAUAACUGGCUCUGCUAGAGGCCUUGGUCGUGAACUUUCUUUGGCUUUUCAUAGACUCGGUGCAUCGAUCGUAUGCGUUGACAUCGACGAAGAGGGUAACGAAAUGACAUCCGAAAUGAUCCGUGGAGAGGGUGGCACAGUCAGAGCUUUCACUUUGGAUAUUACCGAUCGAGAAAAAAUCAGAUCGAUGCACGAAGCUGUAAAAAAUGACUUAGGUCCAGUAGAUAUAUUGGUAAACAACGCAGCUGUAGUAAGGACAAAUAUUUACGUAAAUUCCAAAACAGAUGAACUAGUCCGAGAAAUAAUUGACGUCAACGUACUGGGACAGUUUUGGAUGAAUAAAGAGAUACUCCCAUCGAUGUUGAACAGAAAUAGUGGACACAUUGUAUCAAUUUCGUCAUUGAUAUCAAUGGUAGGAACUCAUUCGCUGUCCGCAUAUACUGCUUCGAAGUGGGGCGUUACAGGUAUGAUGGAAGCUUUAGACCAAGAACUAAAUAUGCUAAAUUCAAAGGUUGUCCUAACUACGGUGUGUCCAUACUUCAUGGAUUCAAAUGAAGAAAUUACGAAGAAUAUUAGUAUCAGCUUUCCAGUUAUUCCUCUUAAAGUAAUAUGUGAUAGCACGGUGGAUGGAAUAUUGAAAAACAAAAAAAUGUUUACAAUACCUGGAUAUUUGUUUCUGGCAAUUAUGUUUUACAAAAUUUUACCGAGCAAAUCCCAAUAUCAGAUGCAAAAACUAUUUGGAGCUUCUUAUAACUACUGUAAAAGUGACUACGAUACAUUGAAGAAAUAUCAGAGAGAAACUAAGUCUUUGUAAUUAUUGUAAUUUAUUAUAUUAUAACUGUAUUAUUCUAGUUAUAAUUGCUAUUACAAUUUACAGCACUGGUUAAGAGCAAACAUUUUUGUUUAUUUUUAUGAAACUAUAAGCAAAUAGGUACGUAAAAUGUGAAGUUACAAACUUUGGUUGUAGUAUCAUGCUUUUUUAAGAAUUUAAAAUGUAUAACAGUAAUAAUAUUAUUUACUACAUUAUGAUGGUAUUAUGUCAGAGAUAAUAUUUUAUGCAAUUGGUUUUGGAUAUAAUUGUAAAACAAUUAUCUUUAAAAUGUAGUAUUUACAAUUUUAAUAAACGUAGAUAAUUGGUGUUUUUCACUGGUAUUGGUGAAAUUGUUUUGCCGUUACUUAUUUAUACUUUUAUUGUUUAUAUUUAUUAUUAUUGCACAUUAAUUAUUAUGAUGGUGAUUAUGUAUAGACAUGUUUAUAACAGAACUUGAGAAAAAUAAGGACAAAUACAUUUUUUCUGACCAUGCA